AUGGCUUCUGCAACAAAUGGCUCGAUAACUACUCAGCAGCAUCCACCUCAAGAGACCUUAGAGUCCCAGGUGGCUCCAGAAGUCAGGCCCACAAUCAAUUGGCGGGAUCGACUUCGCCGGGCUUUUACUUUCAGCCUCCAUGAACCGGAACCCGACGUACUCGAACAAUGGCUACUCGACCAGCUGCUCCGUGGCGAGGUGGACCCCGAUCAGCGAGGAUUCCGCGGGCUACUCGACCAACUGUUACAUGGCCAGGUAGACCACGAUCAGCGAGAGUUCCUCCGGAUUUAUAGGAGAUUGAAGCAGUCGCCUGGAGCAGACAUUGUAGAAAGCCUCACGCAUUACCAUGUCUUCUGUACACAUGCAUUGCCAGGCGUCAGCCAAGACAGUUAUGACAGUACUGCCACGCACAGCAUUGAAAACUCCACUAUCACGGUCUCCCAUGCUUUUGACGAAUUCUGCUCUAAAAUCCGACUUUACUCAGAUGCAUCACUCCGAAUCUGUGUGCUAUCGAUGAAGUUGCCUAGCUCGCUUCAUUCUGUACUCUUCAGUUUCGGAGACAAAAUGAUUCCCAACACUGAAAACUUGAACGCGUUGUACGACAUACCUUCUCGGUCAAUCCUUUCUCUCAUACAGAAAGAAUGGGAUCCUGAGAAGACUUGGAUCAAGCACUCGUUUGCUCGGAAGAUAUCUCCUUCUCCACAACCACGAGUACUACUGUCAAAAGUGAAACCCUCGUGUCGUUUCUCAUUAUUCAAUGAGAACCGCGAAAGCAGCACUGUCGAGUUUAACUUAGUGUCAAAUGCUCCCUCAUAUCAUAGCGACCUGUACGAAUAUAUCUGGCAACGACAGACUCAACGUCCGCCAAUCGAACGUGUGGUAUUCUCUACUAGCCCAUUCGAUUCCGUUGGAUCUAGGAGUGUUUUCAUUAGUAUUGAUUCGGACAAGGAGGCUCUCCAUGGUGAGCGUUGUGCCGAAAUCCUUCGUGCAUUUUCAGAGCAUUUCGCAGCAGUACUACCAGUACCCGCCGGCGAUCAAGCUCCGUGUAGUAUCGAGAGCGCCUACUUGGGUGCUCUCUUUGCUGUGCUCCUGAUACUCGCGGAAACCACCAAUGAUUUCAUUAAUUGCGUUGAUCAAAACAUUUCCACUCUGUGUUAUCGCGGAAGAAGUCACCCCUCGGGAAGUAAGUUGCACUACAUUUCGCACCUUCAAGAUAACCACAAAGUCGCUGUGUGCAGUAUUCACGAUGCACUCGAUUUACUGGCCGAAAUCCAGGGCCCUGUCGAGAGGUGCGACGAGAUGAAUGAGCUUCGCAUAGGACUUCCGCAGAUCAAGCGGGACUUAGAAUACCUGAGAGACAAUUUGGUUAUUGUCGAAGCUCAGAUAAUUGCAUUGCAAACGAUGAUGAGAGAAAAAAUCGAGCUUCGACAAAUCAGGCGGACAUAUAUCCUCACUGUCCUCGCGGCUGUCUAUCUCCCAUUCGCAUUCAUGACAGUAAGCUGUUUCUCCACUACGCAAAUUAUGGGCAUGACUAACCGAAAUUCUUGUCCUUCUAUGGCAUGA